CGCCCUAAACCUCAUUUCUUUUCUUCCUUUGCACAGCGAAUCAAAACCGAUACUUUGCUUUGACCAGUUACCCCCCAUCACCACCUUCCUCUCCUGCUCUCAUGGCUACCCCACUCUGAUCUUUGUGAGUGGAACCUCAGGCACACGCUGCCUCUCUUUUAGAGAAGAAAAGGAUAGAGAACUACCCAGCUUUCUUUCUCUUCUCUAACGUUAACGCCUUGCAACCCUAAUCCAACCCAACACUUCAUAAAUACUGAAAACCCAAGUUCCUGGCGGGGAAUUCUGCAACCAUCAAUUUCAUGAUCCGUGGGUUGGUUUUUUUCUUCUUUAUACAUACCGGCCUUUUGCUCAAAGACAGAGCAAAAGCACGCAAAGCCACUGUCCUCGCUCCCGAUCAGAGCCUUUAAGACAUGGACACUUUCUGAAAGCUCUUCUUCCAGAACGACUUCCGUUUCUUCUUUGCUAUUAAUUACCUCAUGCUUUGUUUUGUAGUUAAUUUCCUCUUAAAAGGGUCUGAGUAAGUAAGCAAAAUCUCUCUCCAGCCCACACCAUAUCUCUGUCUCCCCUUCUUUCUUUUCACUUUUUAUUCCUCUCUUGUUCUCUCUGUCUCUCUCAUGGAUUCCGGUAAUAGUGGUAGUAUGCAAUCUUCGAGUGGUGGGGAUGAAGAGUAUGAUUCACGCGCCGAAUCGAUCUCAGCCUUCUUGAACCCACCAAGCAGCCAUCUUGGUCCAUUGCCUAACCAUCCACAGCAGCCGCCACACCACCACCACCACCACCACCACCAAGCCCAGUCCUCUUCCUCCUCUUCCAUGUUCGACCCUUUAUCAAACUACUUCGACCAGUUGUCAUCAUCACGCUCAGUCCCACUCACGAACCCAAAUUCUUUUUUAAAUCUUGAUAUGGUCUGGUCCAAAACGCUAAGAUCUGACCCAAAUGCCACCGAUCUUUGCGGCUUGAUAACUCCCUCAUCCUCAGCCCAAAGCCAACCUUUCUUGACCAGUCAAUUAGGCGGACAAAGCAGAGACGGGAGUUUUUGCGCCAUACAGAUCCCUCCGGCGCCAGAAAAUUCUCCACGGGCUUCGGUUUCUGCUUCGGGUAUUUCAGGUGCAAACGAUCAAGCUGGAGGCAAUAACAAUAACGUGGUUCGAAACCCAAAGAAGAGGUCGAGAGCGUCUAGGCGUGCACCUACUACUGUGCUGACCACGGACACCACCAAUUUCCGAGCCAUGGUUCAGGAAUUUACUGGGAUCCCCGCACCACCCUUCACAUCCUCGCCUUUCCCGAGAAGCCGCCUCGAUCUCUUCGGCACAGCUUCCUCUUCUUUGAGAUCAGGGCACUUGGACCCAGCACAGCCUCCAUACCUUUUGAGACCGUUCGCUCAGAAAGUUCAGCCACCCCCAUUUCUGUCUUCUUCUCCGUCUUCUUCUUCUUCAGCUCCAUCCCUGUCAUUUCCUAGUUCUUCAAUGCUUGAUGUUUUAGGUUCUGAUUCAACAAGCAAUGCUUCUCACUCAACUUCCAUUAACUACCAACUGUCUUCUGAUUUAGGCAUAUUGAAGCAGCCCCAUAAUCUUCUCAACAUGAACAUGCAAAACCCGAUUCUCAACCUCCAUAAUCUCCUCCAAACCCAACCUAAAUACACGCAAUCCACUUCAGCUCUUCUUAGCUCCAAAACCCAGGGUUCUUUGGAAAUCCCACCCAAUGAUUCUCAUCUCAAAAUGGGCAAUGUUUUAGAGGAACUCGGAUUAAGCCAUCAGCACGUUGGAACACAACUCAGUGGGCUUUCAAACAUAGUUUCAUCGGACGGGACAUUUUCGAGGAACGAGAACAAUCCUCCUACCAGCUGGGCGAACGACACAGGACCCCACGGCGGUGAUCAAGGGCUCCUGAGGUCACUCAACGGAAGUUAUGGUAAUUCAGAGAGGAUUACCAACGGCAAGACGUUGAAUUACUCGGCGGCUUCUUCAUCGGGCUUUCACGGCGAUAAGGGGCCGGAGAAUGUGACUACAAGAAGUGAAGGUAUGGUGGAAUCCUGGAUUUGUUCAUCAGAUUAGGCAUAACCAAAAUGAGAAAGAAAAUCACAAACCAUACGAACGAGAUGAUCGAUGAGGUACCAUAUAAAGAUGAUGCAUGGAAGAAAAUCUUGGUGUUCUCCGUCUUUUGAGUGAUCACCAACUUAAUUGAAACACUUUGUUUAUUUCCUUCUAGAUUAUAUGUAAAUAAUAUCCUCUCUUUUUUUUCCUUUUUUUUUUUUUUUUGGUCAUUUUCGUACAUUCAUAUACAAACGGCUAUGGUCUUUUCAAUGUUUUAAUUGUCUCAUUUUCAUCAGUAAGAUAGAUGAUGCUAUAUAUAUAUAUAUUUGCUUUUAUA